GAGAAGAGAAAGGAGCAGCUGAGCCGGUGGCUGGGCUCGGACACGGAGCGAUGUCUGGCCCACGCCUCCUCCCGCCGCCCCCCCGGGUCCGCUUCGCCCAGGGAGCCGUCUUUAUGGCCGCCUGUUCGGCUGGAGACCGGGAGGAGGUUCGGGAUCUGCUGGCGGCCGGAGCCCCGAUCAAUGGCACCAACGUGGACGGGCUGACAGCUCUGCACCAGGCUUGCAUUGAUGAGAAUAUGGACAUGGUUCAGUUUUUGGUUGAAAAUGGAGCCAGCGUCAACCAGCAGGAUAACGAG